AGAACUUUUAAAAUGGAGAUUUUGAGUUUUGUUUAGACAGAACAAGCUCACUUAAAUAAGUAGAUAAUGCUGCUUGAAGAUGUUAUAUUUUAAUAAUAUUUUAUACAAUUAAACGACAACCUCCUGAUUCAGUCUUUUACUUUCUUAUCUCACAAUUUAUUUUGUAGGCUACUGUAUAUAUUUUACACAGAGCUACUACUUUCAUGUAUGAUGGAGAUUUCAGUAAUUGGUUAUGGUGUUUAGUAGGUUACUUAGACGCUGACAUUUGAAAAUAUAUUGUAUUUCUGUGUGUUAUCUUUUCGUUUUAAAGCGCACUGAGGAGAUCACGCGCGCGCAAUUCCCACGCGCGCACACUUCAUGAGCGCGCAUCGCGAAGAUAAAGGGUUAAAGCAGCAGCAGCAGCAGCCUACAGCACUUUCAAAGAGAGGCAGGUGUCCCAGUACCAGCCCAACUUUGGACCAGAUGUUUUUAAUCCUCUCUCUAGAACUACAGAGUAAUUCAUGACUGUCGAGAUUUGUGGUCAGCCUUUGUUGCUCAAGAAGUGAAAACUAUUAGAGAGUAUAAAUACAGAGAUCUAAACUCAUUUUCCACUCACAGUAUUCUGAAUCUCUGGGAGAUUUUUUCUCCCCCUCCUGCUGCUUGGAAGCUCGAGGCGCACAAUUCUGGCUCAAUAAAAUUAGGUUAGUAAACUCCUCAAAAUAAUUCCUCAUUUCUGCCCUCCAACAUGUGGUGGAUGCUGUUUCCUCGCUGGAUCUGGUUCGUCUCGGGACAGAUUUUGCUGCUAUUUGUGGACAGGCAAUGCGUGAAAGGCAUGACUUUGCAGAGAGUUGCGUAUUCCCACGCAGGGAUCUGUCCAAACGACAUGAACCCAAACCUGUGGGUUGAUGCAAUGAGCACCUGCACGCGAGAAUGUGAAUCUGACCAGGAAUGUGAAACAUUUGAAAAGUGCUGUGCCAAUGUUUGCGGCAAUCGCAGCUGUGUGGCGGCCCGCUACAUGGACGCUACAGGCAAGAAAGGGCCCAUGGGAAUGCCAAAGGAGGCGUCCUGUGACAAGUUCAUGUGCUCUCAGCAGGGCUCCGAGUGCGACAUCUGGGACGGCCAGCCCGUGUGCAAGUGCCGUGACCGCUGCGAGAGAGAGCCCCACUUCACCUGCGCCUCAGACGGCAUGACCUACUACAACAAGUGCUACAUGGAUGCAGAAGCGUGCUCCAAGGGCAUCUCCUUAUCGGUGGUGACCUGCCGCUUCCACCUCACCUGGCCCAACACUAGUCCUCUCCCGGCCGGCACCACCGCACUGCCCACCACCGCGGUCCAGCGCACCACUCCUGUAGACGUCCACGCUCCCAUCAUGCUGGGCAGCCCGUCUCAGCAGUCCGUGUUCGUCGGUGAUACGGCCAGUUUUCUUUGCGAAGUCGCUGGCCGGCCAAAACCUGAGAUAACCUGGGAGAAAGGACAAGGAAGUUUGGUCAUGAAGCCCAACCAUGUGCACGGGAACGUAGUGGUCACUAACAUCGGCCAGUUGGUCAUCUACAACGCCCAACUGCAAGAUGCCGGUGUUUACACUUGCACAGCCACGAACGCCGGCGGCUCCGUCCAAGCGCAAUUCCCGCUCUCCGUAGUCCAGCAAGAGCCGGUCACGAAGUUGAAUUCCACCCGUUUCCCCGCCGAGGAGUGCUUUAAGGUGCCGGACAGUGACGAUUGCGGGGAGGAAAAACCGAGUUGGUUUUACGACCCCCAGAGGAACAACUGCUACACCUUCACUUACGGCAACUGCAGCAAAAACCGCAAUCACUUUGACGAUUACGAGACGUGCAUGUCGUCGUGUCGGGACGAACUCGCCGCACCUUGUAACCUCCCCAGCUAUCAGGGACCUUGCAAGGCGUACGAACCUCGAUGGGCCUACAGCGGUUCCCAGCGCCGCUGCCAGCCGUUUGUGUACGGUGGCUGCAAAGGCAACGAGAACAACUUCAAAACCAAAGAAGCGUGCGAGGACACCUGCCCGUUCCCGAGGAUCCAGCGCUGCAAGCCGUGCAAGCCGCGGCACAAGAUGGUGAUCAGUUUCUGCAGAAGCGAUUUUGUGAUUCUGGGACGUAUGACGGAGCUGACGGAGGACCAGGACUCCGGGCACGCUCUGAUCACCGUGGAGGAGAUCCUGAAGGACGAGAAAAUGGGGCUGAAGUUCUUUGGGAAGGAGCCUCUGGAGGUGACCUUGCAGAACAUGGACUGGGCCUGUCCGUGUCCGAACGUCACCACCGCGGACGGGCAGAUCAUCAUCAUGGGCGAAGUCAACAACGGCAUGGCCGUCCUGCAGCCCGACAGCUUCAUCGUCCUUUCCAGCGUCCGGCGUGUCCGUAAGCUCCGUGAGGUCAUCAAUAAAAACACCUGUGACAUUUUGAAAGAGUUCAUCCAGUAGGACUUUUCAUGUUCAUGAACGUUAAAUUGUUCUGAUGCUCUAAGAAUCUGUGUUUUAUGUUCUUGUACCCAUCGAAUUCCAGACUGUUUGCUUUGACAAGGUUAGAUAUGUUUCUACAGCUUGAAUAGAAAUGCUCACAUCAACCUGGAAGGUUUUUAUAAGAGUUGCCCUUACAGUUAAAGUAAAUUUGUGGACAUAGGACGCAUUAAUCAAAGCCAUCUGCUAGUCCCGGUGACUUCAAACGGAGCUGCCGUAUGAGUUUAUUAAGUACUGGAAAUUAAUUUUUUGGCACAUUUUUUGUUUGUUUGAUGGUUUGGAUAAAUUAACUUUUUCCUAUCUGCUUGGUUGAACUUUUACAGUGGAAGAUUUGUUGUUGUUGUUGUUCCUGCACUGGGUUAAAAACAACCCAAGUUGUGUUAAAAAUGGAAAAACUCAUUGAUUGAGUUGUUUUAACCCAGUGGUUGGGUUAAAUGUUUGUCCAACCUGCUGGACAGUUUUAUUUAACUCAACUAUUGUUUAAAAAUUACUAUAUGGCUAAAUUAAAAUGAACCCAAAAUAUGUUGGAAAUUAAAAAUCAGACACAUAAUUACUAGAGGAAACAACAAUAAUCAAAAGGUGAACAUUUAUUAAUAAGCAAUUUAAUAAAUGUUUAUUGUUUAAUUAUUAUCCAUGAAACAUAUUAAUAAAUGUUCAUUUAUUAAACAUAUUCAUAAAUGUUAAUUUCCAGCCUAUUUGGGAAGCAAGAAAUACAGUCAUUUCUAAACAAUAGUUGAGUUAAAUAAAACUGUCCAGCAGGUUGGUCAAACAUUUAACCCAACUGCUGGGUUUGUCCAUUUUCAACCCAACUUGGGUUGUUUUUAACCCAGCAUUUUUUAGAGUGUGGUAAGUAAAUGACUGUUGUACUAUAGGAUUAGAUUUGCUUAAUGCACUUAGAAAAGUUGUAUGAUAUUGAAAAUAAUAUCGAUUUUAGUAGGAGAAAUAAUCCAUCAUUAAGCCUCACUUGUGUAUAGAACUGUGUACAUGAUUUAGCACAGACUGCAUUUAAUUUUAAGCUAUUUAUUUUGAAUUCAUCAGUGUGAUGAACCAAAAAGCUGACUGUAAUUUCUUACAAGCACUUACGUAUUUCUACAAUUGUCUUUUUAUUAUCUUUAUAGUUCAGUGUCUAUCAUGAUUUGCAUCGUGGAGUGACACAAAAAUAAACCUUUCAACCUCUAAGUCUAAUUCUUCUACUUUUACAAGUGCAUGACACCAAUUAUGCAGUCACAAAACUACAAUCGCUAGGACUAAUUUCUCAAUAUUUAGGUCACUUUUUAAAAAAAAAAAAAAAACUCUUCGCACAAUGAGCACAACAGCAUCAUUUUCCAUUGAUUUAACACAAAAUUAACUCAAUGACCACAUCUUUCAAAUUAAUUCUUUUCUCACUCAGACACAAACAGCACCAAAACUCUAUGAACCUACAGGCCAAUUAAAAUGGUUAAACCAUAUUUAAAUAUAUUCCAAAUCUAAAAAAUGAAAUUCUAUCAAAACAAUUAGAUGUACACAACUGAACACCUACAUAUUACCAUCUAUACAAAAGGGGACAAUUUAGGAAUAAUUUUGUACUGUACAUGAACCAUGUUAAUCCUAAAUCAUCCUAAACCCCAGGUAAACAGGAACCUAGGUUAUCUUGCAGCUCAUUAUUUAAUAAUUAAAGUUUUUCCUUGAUUGCUAACACAAUU